AUGGCUAAAUAUGUAAUCAGGGUGACUAACUCGUUACAGUUGUUGCAGCUGACAAAAAUCGUGAGGGGCAAGAGCGGUGGCGGUAACGGAACGAUUCUGAAUGCACCUCGCUUUAGGAAAAGAGUCAACAGUUGUAAUAUCUUUUCCGCACCAUAUCAUGGGCGUGCUGCGUCAAGCUUCACCGUUCCCAACUGUAGAAUAUACCGGAGGGUACCACUAGAGAACCAGCCACGAAUAUGCAUAUACAACGCCAGAAUUACACCUGAAGUGACUAUACUGUGUGACGGUGCGUUGAAUCACAGAAUUGCGUAUUACGACACGAAGAGUGAGCCGUCCAUCUCAAUGUAUAUAGGGACUCCGCAUGGUUUCUAUUUCUUAAGGCGAAGAGCGCGAUGGCUAAACCACAAACUUGCAUUAGGACCAGCAACGACUCAUUUCCUAACUGCGCUGGUCGGACCUGCUGUAAACAAGGUCGUUUACAACGAUGCAGUGGACCUUGCAUGUUUCAUUAAAUACAACCUUGACCUCGAUUUAUGCAAUGUGCUUGAUCUCAGCUAUAUGUACACCACACAAUGCAAUGCACGCUUUACGACGACGAGCCUUGCGAUGCUUCGAGAACUGCAGAACAUAAAAUCUGUGAAACAGUAUGGUAUCAUAAAUCGCACUUCCACGCGUCGAUUUGUAAGGUCGCACAGCCUGGCAAUCCGACACCUGAGUCUCGCCAACGACCUACUGGAAUACCUAUUGCAAAAACAAGGACAUCCCGAAAACUCGUGGAAAGAGCGCAUUCAAUAUAUGAUAAGAAGUUUCACAUCGCAGCCAACAAGGCGUUUUCAUAUGCAAGCGGCGUUAGGAGUAGUUGGACCCGGCAAGCUCACGCCGUCCGCAUUCAAGGGACACCUAGAGGCAACCAUCGAGAGAGUAAUUGGUAAACGCACAACAGUGCUUGACAUUUCAGAUGAAGAGGUGAUAGCAGGCAUAGUGAAAUCAAAGUCGUUUGUCGAGCAAACCGCCCUGCUGAUCACGAAUGUGUUUGUGUUGUCGAACCUGCAUGAUACGGUCAAACCACUUUACGCAAUGGUGCCCCCCGAGUCAUUCAACCAAUUUGCUGACAUACAAGCAGGAGAUGCGGUAGAUAUUGUUCCCGCACGGAACGAAAAAGGGGUAGUUGAGUUGUUUAAUUUUUACGAUAAGUUCUGCUGCAAAGUCGAGCGCCAGCAUGGCAACACGCUAUUCUACGACGUGAGGACUAAGAGAUUGGUGCCGAAGUUCACUCCUCGUCACUGA